AAGAAAUCCGCAUGAGCAAAGUUGUUGCACAAGAUACAAAAUAUUUUUCGUUUUUUAUCAUUAAGAACAGCUCUGUUUAUUAAGGUAUACCGUCUGAUCUAUUAUUUCACCUCGGAGCUGUUUCCAUACUCUGCGGUAGGUGACUUUCGUAAUUCCUCGUAAGAAAACUCUCUCCAUGAUGAAACAUCUUAAAGUAUUCAACCAAGUGAUAUUUAUAACAAGAAUUAGACUAAUUCAAUUGUAAUUGGUAUUUGGUUAUCGGUUUUCACCCAUGAAUUGUUUGUUUUCUCGAGUUUUUUCCUCUUCUUGUAAAGCAAUUCAGUUUUCGCUUGUAGGCCGUUCUCAGUGCAACUUCUUGAGGAAUCCACUGAAAGAUUUACCGAACAAAAGGCUUGCUCAUUCAGGAUUGUAUAACGUCGACACUGGUAAAACAAUCAGGAUCCUUCAAGACCAGGUUCCACUAUUGCCCCAAAAAGCGCUUCCAGAUGAAAUAUUAAGUCAAAAUAUUGAGCUGACUUUGUUUCCCUAUCAUUUGCAUCUUCCGAAAAUUCAAAGUUUGGUGAUUUACAAAUUCGUUUUCAAAACCGCUCGAAUACUUCUAGCUUCUGCAUACAUAAAUGGCAUUAAAAAUCCAAUUGACAUAGAAAGUCAGAUUCAUACACCCCUUUCCCCUAAGACUACUAGGUACACGAUGAAAUGCCAUUGGACUGCAUCUCAGACAGACGAGUACGAUUGCAUUUUUCAUUUUGAUAUAAACUCGAAGGGACUGAUAUAUAGACACAUUAUCGAAAAUUUAGAAAGAAAAAAAGCGGGGCAGAUUGAAAGAAUUCCAGCUUUAGAACCAAGUACUUUUGAAUAGAUUGAAACGACAACACAGUUAGUCUCAAUCAAUUUUAACGAAGACUUUUCAGCAGUAUAUUUUCCGGCACUCCCUCUAGCAUUUCUAAAAUAUGACUCCCAAAUAUACCUUCUUGAAAUAGUACCUGAUCGUUAUGGAUCGCCGGAGAUUCUGUGCCCCAUAUCUUAUAAAAUUUUACUGUCUGAUCAUUGUUAGCUACAACAAUGAACUCACCUUCUUCCCAGUCAUUUUUGGAGCGUUUACGGUGCGUGUGAAUAGCCAUGAUAGUUCUAAGAUCCUGGUGAAAAUCCUCAGCAGAACAAAAGGGUACCUGGAAUACUUGCGUUAACUGUGGCCAUCGGCAAACAAUAACGGAUGCAAUGUUUCCUUCGUACGCAUAACCAAGGCUGAAACAAAACUCUUUAUAUCUUCGUGACCAAUUGAUGGAAGUGAUUUGGGCUCCGCAGAAGAGCCUAGAAAUCAGAUUUCCUCGAAAGGUAUCAUAAAAAUAAAUAUGCUGGUCAUUUGAUCCGGUCCCAAUUGCUAAAAGAGACUUUUGCCAAGGGCAAAACGCAAGUGCCUUAACCGCUGCUGAGUGGCUCCAGAAAUGCUUCGGCGUAUCUAGUGCAUUCAUGUCAAAAACGCAUACCAAAUUAUCAUUUCCCCCGCUAGCGAAUUGAGUGCCAUCGUAAUUCCACUCGAGUCCGCAAACCUGCUCUUGAUGUAUGUGUUUGAUUGUGUACAGUCGGCACAUCAUACUUUUUGUUUUAUGAUAGAUAUAUAUGCUGCCCAUGCUUCCACCGACCAGUAAAGUUGAAUUUGUGGGGCUCCAAGCCAUGCAGCUUAUAUCGCCCUCAUGCUGAAAGCAGUAUUCAGGUGUUUCAGUUAAAUAUUGUCGAUCCCAAAUUUCAACAGAUCCGUUAACGCGAGCAAUUGCAAGGUAAGCUCCGUCUGCGGAAUAGGCUAGGCUGCUUACAACAUAAUCUGUAUGCCGCAUUUCCAGUAUAGUCGUACCGUACAAUUCAUCCCAAACAUAUACGUGUUGUCUCAGAGCAACGGCUAGUUCUCCGUGGCUUGACCAGGCCAACGGCGAAAUGUAAAAAUCGUCGAGUAACCCUGGUGCCUCCAAUAUGCGAACAGGAUAUUCAUGGAUUGCACCUUGAUAAGGUUGUGUUGAAGAAUGAAUAUGUUGUUCCUGAAACUGAAACUGAUUUAAUGGGCCUUGAUUUGUACGAGACCCUUGGAGUUGUCUCUCAGAAAAAUCAAUAAGCCCUUUUGAUGUGCGAUUUUCUCUUUUAUCUAAUAUCUUAUAAUUUAAGACACCACUAAGGUUUAAAUUUAACAUCUUUGGCAAGACAUCCUCCUUAUGUUUAUGCUUUCGCCAAUGCUGCGAAUUAUCAAGAAUCCGAAAUGCCUCUGCAUUGGCAUUAGAAGGAAUAAAUCUGUCUAAACAUUUCCUUAUACUGAAAUUGGUUUUAUUGGAAGGUUUAAUAUCGCUUUCUUUUCGUUUUUUCACGCGUGUUUUAUUUAAAGUCGUGUUUCUUCUUAUUUUCGUGAUUCUCCAGAGCCUUCCAGGAGAUUUUAAAGCUUGUUUCUUUUUCAAUUCCAUAAGAUAUUUAUUUUAUUUAAACGAGUUCUGUUUCUAUGAAAAGUGAAUCUUGGGGUGUGGUGUGUUUACGAUGGAUUUGUCAAGACGCGUUUAUAUAUCAUAUCGGUACCCUCAAAAGAGUUCAAGUUACACGUAACUACUCAAUUAAUUAUAUAAUUAUUCUGAGACUAUAUUACUGUUGUUGUUGUUUGAGACCGCUGAAAGCUUGUUAUGAAAUAUCUUUCGAAGAAAUCCUUCGAUCGCUUUCAUUAUCCUAGGAAAGGGGCUACUACUGAUUAUUUAAAAAGAAUCAGUAAUCUUCUCCUGUUCUCGAGUGUCUAGUCUUUCGAGCGUUCUAGGUGUAUACAAAAUUGAUGGAACAGACGGUUACAAUCCAUAAAAGCAAGGAGGAAUUGAAUUAUAUGAUGAGCAUAGUGCUAAAUUAUUGCUGAUAUCUGAAAGGAUUAUAUUCAUUUGCUCACGGGAUUAGAUUUCACGCGAUAAUUUCAUUUGCAAGAUUUGAUUCAACGGUUAUGAAUGUAUCACCUUUGAGAUCUGAAAAAAAUUAGUUAGAUAUUUAAUUCUUUUUUUUUAAAUUAUUUCUAUUCUGGGUUUGCUUGGUAGUAAGGAUUUGCCUUGUUGACAGGUUUUUUCAGAUUUGCUUGGAUGCAAUUCCUUUGCAAUUCAAAUUGAACAAGAUAGAAAUGAAUAAAGAACAAUAAAAAUC